CGCCGCAGGCACGGAACGGAAGAUGUCCGCUUCCUUGGCCCAACCCGAAUGGGUUCCGCCCACGUACUCGAUCCCCGUGGAUAGCGAGAACAAGGCGAAGAGCCUCAACAUAUUCUCAUUCAGCCACCCGCACCAUGCCGCUUUCCACAUGUCCUGGAUGGGCUUCUUCGUGUCCUUCGUGUCCACCUUCGCGGCUCCUCCGAUGAUCGCCAUCAUCCGUGAGGACCUCGACCUCACCAAGCCCGACCUCGGUUCCGCGGGCCUCGCCGCGGUCACCGGCACGAUCGGCGCCCGCGUCCUCAUGGGUUCCGUCUGCGACGUCGUCGGUCCCAGGUACGGACUCUCCAUCGUCCUCCUGCUCUCCGCGCCCUUCUGCUUCUGCAUGUCGUACGUCACCACCCCCGUCGGAUUUCUCAUCUGCCGAAUGGGCAUCGGCCUAGGGCUCGCCACCUUCGUGGCGUCGCAGUUCUGGAUGUCGUGCAUGUUCAACGGCAAGUGCGUCGGCCUCGCGAACGCCACCGCCGCGGGCUGGGGUAACCUCGGUGGCGGCGUGACGCAGUUCCUCAUGCCCCUCAUCUUUCGCGCCAUGACCUCCGCGACGGAGGGUCGAGUCUUUUCCGCGUGGCGGUGGGCUUACCUGGUGCCCGGCCUCCUCCACACCAUCAUGGGCGUCGCCGUCAUGUUCGUCGGGCAGGAUCUUCCCGAGGGUAACUUCAAGUUCCUUCACACCUCCGGCCAGAUCGAGAAGAAGUCCGCGCUGAACACGCAGUACCUCGGCAUCACCAACUACCGCAUGUGGUGCAUGGUCGCCACCUACGGCUUCUGCUUCGGCGUCGAGCUCACCAUGAACAACAUCGUCGCCGCGUACCUGUACGAUCAGUUCGAGCUCGACCUCGUCACCGCGGGCACCCUGGCGUCCACCUACGGCCUGAUGAACCUCUUCGCGAGAUCCAUCGGGGGAUACGUCUCCGACCUGAUGUCCGUGAAAUUCGGCAUGCGCGGGCGCCUCUGGACCCUCUGGGUGGUUCAGACCGUCGAGGGCGUCCUCUGCAUAUUCAUGGGGCUCGCCAAGGACAGUCUGGCGUCCACCAUCCUACUCAUGGUGGCCUUCUCCAUCUGCGUGCAGGCGUCGGAGGGUGCGUCGUACGGCAUCGUCCCUUACAUCACGCGCAGGGCGCUGGGAGUCGUGUCCGGGUACAUCGGCGCCGGCGGCAACGCGGGAUCCACGAUCUGCAUGGCGCUCUUCUUCACGUCCGCGUCCAUCCCGGUGUACCAGGGCAUCAUGUACAUGGGCUUCACCAUCAUCGGCGUCACGCUGCUCGUCAUCCCGAUCCAUUUCCCGAUGUGGGGCUCCAUGUUUUUCCCCGGCGAUCCCAACGUCUCCGAGGAGGAUUACUACAUCGCGAGGGAGUUCACGGAGGACGAGAUCAAAGAGGGUCUUGCGCUUCCCGUGCAGAAGUUUUGCCAGAACUCGUACCAGGAGCGUGCGCCGUCCAUGCGUCCGGCGGAGAGCCCCGUCGUCGCGAAGGUGUGAUCUACUAGUAGCCAGUCUAAGACGUAGCCGGUUAUUACGCGAGUUUGUAUCAUCAAUCGCAUUCUUUCAUCUU